AUGUCAGUGAUGCGAUGGAGAAACGAGGAAGGAAAUACCCUGAUGCAUCUUGCAGCAUUAACAAACCAACCGGAGGUUAUGAAGUCAUUAAUCGGGUAUGUGCAUGUGAAUACGAAGAAUUUAGGAGGUAAGACUGCGUUGGAUAUCCUAGAACCUGGAAAUGUAGAAGCGAGGAAAAUUUUAAUAAGCGCAGGAGCUAAAGAAGGUUCCUCACUUGUCAAUGAUGCCACCAGUUGUGAAAAUUAUUUGAACUCACGUGCAACGAUUACAGAAUGUUUUUUCAAAUUGGGUGCUUACGUGCAGUUCGGUUUGUCAGGGGAUAUGCGAAACGCAAUGCUAGUAGUAGUUGUGCUUAUUGCAACUGCUACGUUUCAAGCCAUUGUCACUCCCCCUGCUGCGAUUUCUCACAAUGAUACCACUCAUGUUUUUCCCAGCAUCACAUCUGUUUAUAAUGAUACUACUUCAGCCAAUUCAACUAGCACCAACUUCAACAAAAUAACCACAAGACUGGCAGAAGAGAGUAUAAUUUAUAACUCAAUCGCAUUUGCUAUUGCAAUGGGAACGUGUGCAAUACUUACACUUAAUCAACUCCAAAUAUUUCUCUUGCUACCUNAAGGGAGUAUAAUUUAUAACUCAAUCGCAUUAGCUAUUGCAAUGGGAACGCGUGCAAUACUAACACUUAAUCGACUCCAAUUAUUUCUCAUGCUACCUCUUGCUCUAUUUUCGGUGAGCUAUGGAGCAUUGGCAUAUGGAAUAUACUCAGGUCCUUUUAUCUAUGUUGCAGUUCCGUCAAUACUCAUUCUGCAUUUGUUGGUGAUACUUCCCUGGUUGAUCAUAGCGUGGAAAGGGCGAAUGAGAGGUGAUUUCUACCACGAAAUCAACCUUGAUGAGGCGAAAUUUCUCAUAUUUGGUAUGAAUCAAGGACCCAUAGUGACUGGAUGGCUGAAAUGA